UCGGCGACCGUCAGGCAACACGCAUGAAAGCAGAAUCAUUUGAUGGUGUCUACCAAGGAGGACAUGGAGGCUGACGGCACAGAGGACAUCGAGUCCCUGAUGGAGGACAUGGACUACAUCCCCGGUCACUUUCACCUGGAUCUCAAUCUAAACUGUGAUCCUGUUGGACCCGCAGUGCUGCGACACAGAGACACCUACCUAAAACAGGAGAGCCUCCAAGCUGAGCUGGAAGCUGAAGCUGGAAAUCUGCAGUACGCCGUUCGAAACCUGUUGGGACUGCUGGCGUUUCACCUGGAUCAGCUGGACAAAGCUGAGGAAAUAUUCAGGAGCAUUUGUAAAGAAGACCCUGGAAACCUGAACGCCUGGGCCAACCUGGGCUAUGUGUAUGACAGGCUGGGGAGAGAGCUGGAAGGAGGGGAGUGUGUGGACAAAGUGUCCCAGCUGAUGGGUGUUGAUGGAGGAGAGGCAUCCAAGGAGGAGGUCAGGGUGAUGGCUGCCCGCUGCCUGGCUGAACAGGCGUACGUUUAUCCGUACGAUGUGGAGCUGGAUAAUGAGGAUGAGCUGAGGGAGAGGCUCAUGUCCGCCCUGACGCUUUACAACCGAGCUUUGUGUUAUGGAGAUCAUCUGAUACCAUUGGAGGAAAAGCGGAGCUGGUACUUUAAAAUGGCAACAAUAUAUAUCAGGCUGGACCAGAUAGUGAAGACUGAGGAGGAUUCAGAGUACUCCAGACUCCCACACUAUAAUAAAGGACUCAAACUCCUAAAAGAAACUUUGGAAUCGAAGAAACUGCAGCACAAAGCUCUGGCUUGGUGUUAUGUUGGCAUCAUGCUGGAAAGGAAGAAUGAGUUUGCUUCCGUUCCCAUGUCCGUUCACGACUGUGGAUUCUCAGCCUCCGACCCUUUGACCUGCUAUGGAGCUGCCAUAAAUCUGGCCAGUGAGGAGGCAUUCACCCUGAACCUUCUGGCCAAAGUUUUCCUUAUUCUCAGCAAACACGAGAUGGCCACAGGGAUCUGCAAUAUGGCUCUGAAUGUUCUGCCAGAUCCAGAGCUCAACUGGCAGGCUUACUGCACCCGGGCAAAGAUCAAUAUGAUCCUCUACGUCAAGGAUCUUGACAGAGUAAAGAAUGGACAAGGUGGACUUCCAGACCGGCAGAAACUAGCUGAAGCUAGAAAAGACCUGGACAAGGUGCUGGCUGUACGGCCCUGUUUGAGAACUCAUCUGGAGAUGGCUCAGAUCUACUACUACAUGGGUGUAGAUGCUCUCCAGGAAAGUCUUCUGGUGGACGAGAGCGCCAUGGACAGAGCCUUGGUGUGUUUGUCUCAUGCGCUACAAUUCGAGAUGGCCGACAGCUUACCGGAUCUCCACAUGCUCAAGGGGCGGUGCCUCCUCAUGAAAGGCGAGCAGCAGAACGCCGCAGAUUGUUUCAAAAAAGCCAUGGAUUUAGAGAGACCUGGGAGUACAGACACGGCAGCCUUUCGAUGCCUCCUGCAGGUGCUUCUGACUCUGUUCAUACAGGAGGGCCCUGAUCCCGGCGCCGCCAUCGCCCAGCUGGAGCAGUGGGUGCAGAAGGCAGAGGAGAGGUACCCUCCAGAGAAGGUCAAGGCUGAGCUGAGGUGUCUUUAUAGAACGCACACGGAAGACGUUGCAGAGCUGUCAAAGGCUCUGAUCCGGACAGGACGAACAGAUCUGGUGAGAAGAUUCCUGGAGGCGCUGGUGCCAAAACAGAAAACAGAAAAGAGGAAAAUAGUUAAAUCUUUCUCUUAUACAUAAUAUGGAAGAGCACAACAAUAAAACAAAAUUAUUCAGAUGUCUUAACAUCAAAAAACUA